AAUUAGACCUGGGGUUGCAGGCUGUACCCUCAGCUGGCCUUUGGGAAAAGGUUUUGUGCAAGGCAUUUCCCAAGUGCUGACAGGAUUGUGUCACAGACACAAAGCAAACUUUUGUUGGGCUCCAGGUGACCACCCACAGGUUAUUAUAAAGGUGACUGCACCCUCUGGCCACCAGCACUGCCUGGCUCCACAUGCCCCCUGGUCUCAACAUGGCACUGCCCUGGGUUCUUACAGUCCUGAGCCUCCUACCUCUGCUAGAAGCCCAGAUCCCAGUGUGUGCCAACCUAAGACCGGUGCCCAUCACCAACGCUACCCUAGACCGGAUCUCCGGCAAGUGGUUUUAUAUCGCAUCGGCUUUUAAAAACGAGGAGUUCAAGAAGAUGGCUCAGGAUAUUCAAGCAACUUUCUUUUACUUCACCCCCAACAAGACAGAGAACACGAUCUUUCUCAGACAGUACCAGACCAACCGGAACGAGUGCAUCUAUAACUCUAGCUACCUGAAUGUCCAGCGGGAGAAUGGGACCAUCUCCAAAUUUGUGGCAGGACAAGAAUAUGUCGCUUACCUGCUGAUCCUCAGGGACACUAGGACCUUCAUGCUCGCUUUUGACGUGGACGAUGAGAAGAAGUCGGGACUGUCUGUCUAUGCUGACAAGCCAGAGACGACCAAGGAGCAACUAGGAGAGUUCUACGAAGCUCUUGACUGCUUGCACAUUCCCAGGUCAGAAGUCCUGUACACCGAUUCAACAAAGGAUUUGUGUGAGCCGCUGGAGAAGCAGCAUGAGAAGGAGAGGAAACAGGAGGAGGAGAAGUCCUAGCAGGACACAGUCUUGGAUCAGGACAGAGACUUGGGGGCCAUCCUCCCCCUCCAACCCAGCACGUGUACCUCAGUUCUUUCCCUCACUUGCAUCAAUAAAGCUUCUGUGUUUGGAACA